UUGUUGAAUGUUGGACCGAGGAGAUCUCAGCCAGGCCAGAGGAGAGAGCCCAGGAAGAUCAUCACUGUGUGUGUGAAGGAGGAUGUCCACCUCAAGAAGGCAGAGAAUGCCUGGAAGCCGAGCCUGAAGAGAGAAAACCAAACCGAGGACCCAGAAAAUGUCAAAACCCAGGAGCUGUUCCGCAAGGUACGAAGCAUCUUGAACAAGCUGACGCCCCAGAUGUUCAAUCAGCUCAUGAAGCAAGUGACAGACCUGACAGUAGAUACAGAAGAGAGGCUGAAAGGAGUCAUCGACCUGGUCUUCGAGAAGGCUAUCGACGAACCGAGCUUCUCGGUGGCGUAUGCCAACAUGUGCAGAUGUCUUGUAACGCUGAAAGUGCCCAUGGCAGACAAACCUGGGAGCACAGUAAAUUUCCGCAAGUUGCUCUUAAAUCGCUGCCAGAAGGAAUUUGAAAAGGACAAGGCUGAUGAUGACGUCUUUGAAAAGAAGCAGAAAGAACUUGAAGCUGCUACCACUCCAGAGGAGAAGACACGGCUCCAUGACGAGCUGGAAGAGGCCAAGGACAAAGCCCGACGGAGAUCCAUUGGGAAUAUAAAAUUCAUUGGCGAGCUUUUCAAACUAAAAAUGCUGACGGAGGCUAUCAUGCAUGACUGCGUGGUAAAGCUGCUGAAAAACCACGAUGAGGAGUCCCUCGAGUGCCUUUGCCGCCUGCUAACUACCAUUGGCAAGGACCUGGACUUUGAGAAAGCAAAGCCUCGCAUGGACCAGUAUUUUAAUCAGAUGGAGAAGAUUGUGAAAGAGAGGAAAACAUCUUCAAGGAUUCGGUUCAUGCUUCAGGAUGUAAUAGACCUAAGGCUGUGCAACUGGGUGUCACGGAGAGCAGACCAGGGUCCGAAGACCAUCGAGCAGAUUCAUAAAGAAGCCAAGAUUGAAGAGCAAGAAGAACAGAGGAAGGUCCAACAACUCAUGACCAAAGAGAAGAGGAGACCGGGUGUCCAGCGGGUCGAUGAAGGCGGUUGGAACACUGUGCAGGGGGCGAAGAACAGCAGAGUGCUGGACCCCACCAAGUUCCUUAAAAUCACCAAGCCCACAAUAGAUGAGAAGAUUCAGCUUGUGCCUAAAGCCCAGCUGGGCAGCUGGGGAAAGGGCAGCAGUGGUGGAGCCAAGGCAAGCGAGAUGGACUCCUUACGACCAAGUGCCACGAGUUUGAACAGAUUUUCUGCACUGCAGCCUCCAGUCUCAUCUGUAUCUGCCUCAUCCGCAUCCUCAGAAUUAGAUUCUCGCAGGGCCUUAACUAGUCGCGGGAGCACGGGCAGGGAGAAGAACGACAAACCUCUCCCGCCUUCCCUCUCCCGUCCCAACACCUUCCUACGGGGCAGCAGCAGUAAAGAGCUGCUGCUCGACAAUCAGGCACAAGAGGAGCAGCGGCGGGAGAUGCUGGAGACGGUGAAGCAGUUAACAGGCGGCAUGGAGAUGGACAGGAACAGCACAGAGGCGGAGAGGAACAAAGCCAAGGAAUCUGCCAAGCCAGAAGCUCCCCCAGCUCCAGCACAAGAAAAGCCUUCCCUGUCAGAAGAGGAAAUAGAGAGAAAAUGCAAAUCUAUCAUUGAUGAGUUCUUGCAUAUUAACGAUUUUAAGGAAGCAAUGCAGUGCGUGGAGGAGCUGAGCGCCCAGAAUCUCCUGCCUGUUUUUGUGCGAGUGGGAGUGGAGUCGACGCUCGAGAGGAGUCAGAUCACCAGGGAUCACAUGGGCCAGUUAUUACAUCAGUUGGUGCAGUCGGGAAAGCUGAGCAAGCAGGAUUUCUUCAAGGGUUUUUCAGAUACCUUGGAGAUGGCAGACGAUAUGGCCAUAGAUAUACCCCAUAUUUGGUUGUACCUAGCUGAGUUGGUGACCCCCAUGUUAAAAGAAGGAGGAAUCUCUAUGAGAGAACUUAUACAAGAAUUUAGCAAACCUUUGCUUCCUGUGGGAAGAGCCGGCGUCUUGCUUGCUGAAAUCUUGCACCUUCUAUGCAAACAAAUGAGCCAUAAGAAAGUGGGAGCCUUAUGGAGGGAGGCUGGCCUCAGUUGGAAGGACUACUUACUCGAAGGGGAGGAUGUACAUACCUUUCUCAUGGAACAAAAGUUGGACUUCACGGAGUCCGACUGUUCCAGUUCCUCAGAAGCACUUUCAGAGAAAGAACUCUCUGCGGAAGAGCUGAACAAGCAGCUAGAAAAACUCAUUGUUGAGGACAAGGCGAAUGAUGAACAAAUCUUUGACUGGGUAGAGGCUAAUCUAGAUGAAAGCCAGAUGAGUUCACCUACAUUCCUUAGAGCUUUAAUGACAGCAGUUUGUAAAGCAGCUAUUAUAGCGGACUCUUCUAGCUUCAGCGUGGACACUGCUGUUAUCAAACAGAGAGUGCCGAUCUUACUCAAGUACCUAGACUCAGACACAGAGAAGGAACUACAAGCACUUUAUGCACUACAAGCAUCAAUAGUAAAACUUGAUCAGCCUCCUAGUAAGUGUUGCCUCUGCGCUGGGGAUUUGAACCCUGACG